AUGGCUUUCAUGAGGCUUGGAUCAAAAUCAGAUGCAUUUCAUCAUGACGGCCAAACAUGGAAUUGCACAACCGGACUUCCAAGUGAUGUUACUGUUAAAGUGGGGGAAACAUCAUUUUUUCUCCACAAGUUCCCAUUGCUUUCUAGAAGUGGAUUACUUAAGAAACUCAUUUCUGACUUGACAAACGAGGAUGGAUCAUAUUGUGUUUUACAACUUGAUGAUGUUCCAGGUGGAGACAAAACAUUUGCGCUUGUGACCAAGUUUUUCUACAAUGUAAAAAUAGAAGUCACAGCAUCCAAUGUGGUUAGUCUAAGAUGUGCAGCAGAAUACCUACAGAUGAAUGAAAAUUAUGGUGAAGGGAACCUAAUUGCUAAGACUGAAGCAUUUCUUAAUGAAAUCUUUAGUAAUUGGUCAGACUCAAUAAAAGCUCUUCAAACAUGUGAGGAAGUUAAAGCUUGUGCAGAAGAGUUACACAUUGUAUCAAGAUGCAUUGAUUCCUUGGCAAUGAAAGCAUGUUCUGACCCAAGCAUGUUCAAUAGACACAUGGAAGGACAUGAUAGCUCCAAGGACUCACCUCAGGACCCUUUCUUAUGGAAUGGAAUUUCUUCUAAGACUAAAUCCCCAUCUCUAGGUGAUGGUUGGUGGUAUGAGGACUUGUCUUUAUUAAGCUUACCCUUAUUUAAAAGACUCAUUUUAGCUAUGGAAGGAAAGGGUAUGAAGCCAGAGAAUAUUGUUGGAUCCCUCAUAUAUUAUAUUAGAAGGUUUAUCCCCUUGAUGAGUAGGCAAUCUAGCUUCAAUGAUAAAAAUAGUGUCAACCAAGUUACAACCACUACCAGUACAGUUUCUGAAGUAGAUCAACGUGCAUUGCUUGAAGAAAUUAUGGGGUUGCUUCCUAAUAAGAAAGGGGUUACACCCUCCAAGUAUCUACUUAGGUUACUUCGUGCAGCCAUGAUCUUACAUGCAACUCCAUCAUGUAUAGAAAACUUGGAGAAAAGAAUUGGAUCACAACUUGACCAAGCUGAGCUUAUUGAUCUUCUCAUUCCAAACAUGGGGCACUCAGUUGAGACCCUCUAUGAUAUAGAUUGUAUUCAUAGGAUUAUUGAUCACUUUAUGUCCAUAUACCAGGCUACAACUGCGUCAAAUUCUCCAUGCAUAAUUGAAGAAGGGCCAUUGAUAGUUAGAACUGAGGUCCUUGAACCUUUGACAACAGUGGCAAACUUAAUCGAUACAUAUCUUGCUGAGGUGGCUCAAGAUGUUAAUUUAAAGUUGCCUAAGUUUCAGGCUCUUGCUUCUGCAAUUCCAGAUUAUGCCAGGCCACUAGAUGAUGGUUUAUAUCAUGCAAUAGAUGUGUACCUUAAGACACAUCCAUGGCUAACAGAUUUUGAGAGGGAGCAAUUUUGUAGACUUGUGAAUUGCCAAAAACUUUCACUGGAAGCAAGCACUCAUGCAGCAAAGAAUGAAAGAUUGCCACUUCGAGUGAUUGUUCAAGUUCUCUUUUUUGAACAACUUCGACUACGCACAUCAAUUUCUAGUUGGCUGUAUGUUUCAGAGAAUCUUGAGAACCCACAAAAGUCGAAUGGAAAUCUUAGCCUCCCAAGGAAUAACGAUAGUGAUAAAUUAGACCCAACACAAGGAGCUGAAAACUUGAAGGACCUUGUCUCAGAGUUAGAAAAGGAAUGUUCAUGCAUCAGAGAUGAACUUCAAAAGCUAGCAACUAAGAGAAAGAAAAGUUGGAGCAUUUUCCCAAAAAUCUUUUAUAGAAAAAAUUCUUAG